AUGUCGGUCGUAUUCUUCCUGCCAGCCUUCGUCUCUCCGUUCAUGCCCACGGCUCUUGGCAAGUUCGUACUGCUCAUCGAUGUCAUCUUCUCGUAUCUGUGGCUCACUGCAUUUAUCUUUGCCGCCCAAGAUUACAACCGCCAUGACUGCCGCCUCAACGCUCCCCCAGGAAUCUCCUGCUCCAAGAAGAGGGCCAACGAAGCAUUCAUCUUCCUGACUUUCAUCUUUACCUUCUUCGGCAUGUUCCUCGAGGUCCUUGGUCUCUGGGCUUACCGCCGCGAGAAUGUCCCAGUCCGCGAAAAGACCGGCGGUGCUCACGGCGGUCCCGCUGAUGCCCCAGUCGCCACAGCCUAA